CUCAGGCCAAUCAGCUGUUUGUCUUUGUGCUACCGCCAAGCUCGCCUCAGCUCUCCACACGUAGAAGCUGUUUCACUUGCGCCUCUACGGCCGGUAAAAAGUUGUAAAAGAAGCGUGUUUUCUGGUGCAACAGUCGUGUCGGGUUCUCUUUAUCCUUUGCUUUAACUUUCCCCGUUUCUGAUCUAUAUUCUUCAAAUAUCUGUCCUAAAAAUGGUGCAAUCAGCGCUGAACGCGAUGCCGGAGUCGCCAUUUUGAUGAUACGUUGAGCCUGACUAAACUAUCACACUUAUGAUAAACUUGUUUUCACGUAGUUCCCAGUUCACCUAAAAGAACAUAAUUGACACCGCAUCAUCAGCGAACCAUCAGUGAUGACCCAGCAAAAUAAAACCAUGAAUUUUCUAAUACACGACGCUAAUGGGCAACCGCAAGUUAUCAAAGUGGUACCAAGCACUCAAACUAAAACAUUGAGCGGACUUGUGAGUUCCACAAAUGCUGGAAACCUCAAAGUAUUCAAGACGCCAAACCAGGAUACCCAGGUUCUUUCUGGCGGAACUCAAGUUCUCAGAACUAUAAGUAUACAAGGCUCCUCAACGCCUGGUCAGCGCCUGGUCACGAUUCCUGUACAAAAUGCAAAAAUGUCUACAGUGAAGCCUGGUGAAUCUGUCGUCACUAAAACUAUUCAACUUACCACCGCUCGAAUGAGCGACUUCAAACAGGCCGUGGUGGCUCAGCCACAACAACAGGCUAGUGGUCAACAACAGAUUGGUAAGGAUCAAUCAGUAAAAACGUUCAUCAGUCCUAUUUUGGACCACACUGGAUCUAGGAAACGCCAGGAUGUUGAGAGCAGCGACUUUGUCCCAGAGUACAAACGGAGAAAAACUGAAAAAGUUGGAAAGGGACUACGCCAUUUCUCAAUGAAAGUCUGUGAAAAGGUGAAAAAAAAAGGCACGACAUCGUACAACGAAGUCGCUGAUGAAUUGGUUGGUGAAUUUACUAAUCCGGCGCACAUUAAUUCGCUAACCGAACAGCAGUAUGAUCAGAAAAAUAUCAGGCGGCGCGUGUAUGAUGCAUUGAACGUGUUGAUGGCAAUGAACAUAAUUUCCAAGGAGAAAAAGGAAAUAAGGUGGCUCGGUUUACCUACAAAUUCCCUGCAGGAGUGCUUAUCAUUAGAGAAGGAUAAGAAGAAAAAGAUAGAAAGAAUCAAAGCCAAGACGCAGCAAUUGCAUCAGUUGAUUUUGCAACAUGUGUCCUUCAAAAAUUUAGUGGAACGAAACCAUGAGAAUGAAAAUGUUUAUGGACCGCCUAAGCCUAAUUCCGCUAUUCAGUUGCCGUUCAUUAUUGUCAACACCAGUAAGAAAACUGUUAUCGACUGCAGCAUUUCACAUGACAAAACGGAGUACCUGUUCAAUUUUAAUGACAAGUUUGAGAUACACGACGAUAUAGAAGUUUUAAAGAGAAUGGGACUGGCUUUUGGUCUAGAGAAGGGUGACUGUACGGAUGAGGAUUUAAGAAAAGCAAAAACCAUGGUGCCAAAGUCCCUUGAAAAAUACGUAGAGCAGUUGGCAACUGGAGACUUAGAGAGUCUCAUUCCUGUGAAAAUUCCUGGACCGAGCACGUCGAUCGACGAACUAGAGAUAAAGUUGGAAGAAUCUGGAUCUCGACCACCGUCUUCAUCUCGCACUUCUCUUUCCGAAGAUCCUUUGUCGCCACCAUCGCAGUAUUUCUCAGAAGAAGAAGACGAGGAAGAAGAAAGCGACCAAGACGAUGAAGUGCCAAGUGAUCUUGAAGUCAACUAAAAUACCAGUCCUCAGUAUUCGCAUCACUUAAGAUUAUGCAAAGUAAAAGUCAUUCUUGCGAACACUCGAUUCCUGCAUCGUUAGGUACUUUGUUUUAUUGACCCGUAGUUCGUCCAAGUCGCGGAUUGCGAUAAAGCGACACUGCUAUAACUAAAUUUGCAUGCCCUCUAUUGACUCAAGCAGAAUUCAAAACAGCUGAUGUGGUCGGAUGGCUGUCGAACUACCAAAUUAGAACCGAGCGAUAACACUCCAAACGGAAUGUGUAUUCAGAUGUAGCUUUCGUGCUUCAAAGAAAUUGCCGGAAUGGCCGGACUCCGGACGGAAAUGGGGCCGGAAAAUGGAAUUGCGGCGACGUCUGUACAUUUUUUUUUUUGUACUAUCUAAUCGUUGUUUGCACAGGGACUGAAAUCGGUGCUAUUUUAAUCGUGCGUCGUAUCCUGGAAUUAAACACUAAUAUGUACAUACAUACGUGUUAUAAAUAACAAUUGUAAUCUUACAAUAUACAAUAUCGUUAAUAUCCCAUGUAUUAAGGAUAACAAAAAAAAAGGAAGACAAAUACAACUUUUACUUACUUUCUUAUGGUACAUGAAGAGAAAAAAGAACGGUAUAUAAAGCACACAGCAUGAUACAACAUUAUAGACAAUGAAGGGACAAAUACGAAUCAAGUAAUGAUACAAACGUACAGACUAAGGUCUGGCUAAUUUGCAAUAAAUAAAUCGUAACAUUA